AUGAAGUUAAUCAUCACUCUUUGUUACUUAAUAUUCUCAUCAUUUGUGAUCGCUAAUUUUACUGAUGCUGUUCCUACUAAAAGUAACACCUCAGAUUAUACACCCGUGGAUCACUUUAAUGAUGGUAUUCCUAUAGCAAGUAACUAUGUAGCUCACAGUGUGCAUAAUACUUUCUACCCUAGAGAUGACAACGAUUAUCCUCCUGACAAUAAUGAUUCUCCUAACAAUGAGGAUUUUUCUUCUAACAACGAGGACACUCCUGAUGAUUCUCCUUCUAACAAUGAGGAUUUUUCUUCUAACAACGAAGACACUCCUGAUGAUUCUCCUUCUAACAAUGAAGAUUAUUCUAACAGCGAAGAUUAUCCUGAUGAGUAUCCUCUUGGAGAUGAUGAUUCUUUUUCCGAAGAGAAUGAUUCUCUUUCAAACAAUGAUGAGUCUCUUCCUGGAAAUGAUGAUUCACCCAAUGAUGAAUCACUCAAUAAUAAUGAUUCUCCUCCAGAUGAUGAAAUUCCUUUUAUACACCUUCAUGCUGGUCGUGGUUCUCACGGCAGUCUUGAAAUUGCUUGGAGAAAAAGUUCCAGUGCGGAAAUGAAGGAUAUCCACUUGGUUAUGGUCUCAAAUAUUGCAAUCUAUUUGAUAAUUCCUUUUACAAGUUCAGUGAUGAUGGAAAAAGAUG